AUGCGGGAUGCAGAGGGAGCCGUCGUGGGCCGGCGGGUGGGCGGCGAGAAGGGAUGCAAAGGCAGGUACCAGGCGGUGCCCGCAGCCUGCCGGGCCCCCCUGAAAGCCCCAGGGGAGCUGGGGUGCCCGCUGGCAGCACCCCUGGGCAGCCUAUGGGAGCACGGGGUCCCCGAGCUCCCCGAUCCCCUGGGAACGAGCAAGAGCAAGAGCAAGAAGCGGAGGAACAGGACGACCUUCAGCACCUUCCAGCUGGAGGAGCUGGAGAAGGUCUUCCAGAAGACGCAUUACCCCGACGUCUACGCCCGCGAGCAGCUGGCACUGCGGACGGACCUGACCGAAGCCAGGGUGCAGGUCUGGUUCCAGAACCGACGGGCCAAGUGGCGGAAACGGGAACGUUACGGGAAAAUCCAGGAGGUGAGAGACGAUGCCGCAGCUCCCUGCCCCAACCCUGUGCCCCAGCUGCAGAACAACCUGUGGCCCUGCUCUGGCCCCGGGAGCCCUGCGGGGCUCCUGUCCCCCGAGAGCAUCCUUUCCCCCUGCAUGACUUCGUACCCCCACGCUCACAGCAACAUCGCCGGCUUCAUGGGCAUCCCCGCUUCUCCCGAUCGAUAA